CCUAACUAACGAAUGGGCAGACAUACUUUUCUCAGGCUGUGUUAACGUUACAGAAGAGUACAGAAAUACAAAGGGAAAGGUCGGUGGAGGGGAUUAAGAACGACCCUGGCAAGUGAAAGAAAGUGCUUGUGUCUAUGAAGAGAGAUUUGGAACAAGGAAAUCCUGGAAGUGAAAAAAAAAAAUUCUACAAUUGGGAAAGGCAAAAAAAGCAGCUGGUUUACCACAAUGCUGGAUUUCCUACAGCGAUAGCUAUCGUCAAUACACAAAGCUCCUGUGUUCCUUAGAUUAACAUAUUGUAGGUGGAAGCCAGAAAAACACUGCAUAAUGAAUCUUAUGGCAAGAGCCCUGUAUGAUAAUGUCCCUGAAUGUGCAGAAGAGUUGGCCUUCCGCAAAGGAGACAUUUUGACAGUGAUAGAACAGAACACCGAAGGUCUUGAAGGAUGGUGGCUCUGCUCCUUACAUGGCCGGCAAGGCAUCGUUCCAGGCAACCGCGUGAAACUUCUGAUAGGCCCAGUGGUACAGGACAGUCCUUCUGGUCAGGAUGUCUCCAAUUCAGGACUGACACAUCAAUCCUUCAACCAACAAAAAAUCUAUCAAGUGCCAAGUUCACGUGCCUCUGCACGGGACCCCGUCUAUCAGGUGCCACCUUCCCACCUGAAUCAGGGAAUCUACCAGAUACCCACUAGUCAUGGUCUAGUGGGCCAAGAUAUUUACCAAGUGCCACCCUCCAUGCAGAGAAGCAUUGAUGGUCCACCUCUGGCUAACAAGGUAAUAACUCCAGUCAGGUCAGGACAAGGUUAUGUUUAUGAGUUCCCUUCCAACUACCAGAAGGAUACCUACGAUAUCCCCCCUGUGCGUCCUCUCCAAGGGAUAUACGACAUUCCCCCAGCAUCAGCUAAGGUGCCUGUAUAUCCAGUUCCCAUGGGAGAAGCAAAAGCAUUAGGCGUCUAUGAUAUACCACCCACCAAAGGGAUCUAUACUACACCUCCAUCUGCAUGCCGAGAUGAUACAGGCCUGAGGGAAAAAAUGCAGGAUUUUUCAUCUCCACUGGGCCACAGUGCAAGACUAGAAGGAGUAUAUGAUAUUCCUCCGCCUGUCACCAAAGCAACUGGGAAAGAACUUAGUAAAAAGUUUUCUUCUGAGGGCCUUUUAUCAACUGAUGGAGCGCCACGCAAACAGAGUGUGUAUGACAUCCCUGUGAACCAUCAAAACCAAUUUCUGGGACAGCAGAUUGCACCUCAGAAAGAUGUAUAUGAUACCCCACGGGGGAUUGCCUUUACAGGACAACAGACAGGAUUAAGUGAAGGUAUAAUCUCAGAAGGAAGAGAAGGUGUAUAUGACGUGCCACCGCCAAUUCCACAAGAGACUAAAGGGUUACAGGAUGUGACUGAUGGGAUAAAUAGGUUGUCUUUCUCCAGCACAGGAAGUACCAGGAGUAACAUGUCCACAUCUUCAACAACAUCGAAAGACUCUUCUUUCUCAGCAUCAACUGCACAGGACAAAAGACUAAUCCUUGAUCCAGAUACUGCUAUAGAGAGGCUUUAUUGCCUUCAGCAGAUGAUGGAGGCAGCUGUCAAUAACCUCAUGGCCUUCAUUACUGCAGACUGGCGGUCUUAUGGGUAUAUGGAGAAACACAUCAACGAAAUUCGUACUGCUGUGGAUAAGGUAGAGCAGUCGCUGUUGGAGUACCUUCAGUUUGCGAAAGGAUCAGCAGCCAACGCUUCCUGUCUGUCUGAGGUCAGCCUGUAUAACAAAAUGAGGAGGGAGGUACAGAGGCUGGAGGACUCUCACCAGAUCCUCACACAAACCAGCCAUGAUCUGAACAGCUAUAGCUGGUCUUUGAAUGUCCUAGCUGUCAACAGACUGCAGAACAAGUGCGAUGACCUAGAUCGAUUUGUUAUGGUGGCAAGGACAGUCCCAGAUGAUGCCAAGCAACUGACCACCACCAUCAGCAUCAAUGCAGAGGUACUCUUCAGACAAGUGCUGAGCAGCUCACGUGUCAGAAAUGUACCAGAGAACAUCAUGAACACUCCUGAAUACGUAUAUAACAAUCCUCACAUGCAGCAGCAUGGAGAGAAAACACAAAACCACUGUAGCUCCCUUUCCCCGCUCCUGAGUAAAGGUCAGCACCCUCACAGUACUACUGAUGAGAACUCAGAAAAGAGCUGGAUGGAUGACUAUGAUUAUGUUCACCUGCAGGGGAAAGAAGAGUUUGAAAGACAACAAAAGGAGCUACUGGAAAAAGAAAAUAUAAUCAAGCAGAGCAAAACAGAGCUAGAGCACCAUCAGAUCAAUCAGUUCCAACGUCUGGAGCAAGAGAUCACAAAGCCUGUGGAGAAUGACAUCUCAAAAUGGAAGCCACCUCAAGCUCUCCAAACUGCAAACAGCACUGCUGCCUCUCAUGACAGACAGCUGCUUUUAUUCUAUUCUGACCAAUGUGAGACUCAUUUCAACUCUCUCCUAAAUGCCAUUGAUGCCUUUUUCAGUUGCCUCAAUGCUUCUCAACCUCCACGAAUCUUUGUUGCACACAGCAAAUUUGUCAUUUUGAGCGCUCACAAACUUGUGUUCAUUGGCGAUACGCUCACAAGGCAAGUGACAACUCAGGACAUACGCAACAAAGUGAUGAACUCCAGCAACCAGUUGUGUGAACUACUAAAGAGUAUUGUUAUGGCUACCAAGAUGGCUGCCUUGCAUUACCCUAACACGGUAGCCCUACAGGAGAUGGUGGACCGAGUAGCAGAGCUCUCUCAUCAUGCACAAUUGUUUAAACUCUCAUUAGUUCAAAUGGCAUCAUCAUGAAACAAAAUGGAGUCCAAUCCAUGAACAGUGAAACAGAAAAGCCAACAAACUGGAGAUAUUUUUAUG